GCUACUUUUUUCGUAAAGAGCUUCUUAUUUGAACCAAACAAUGGCUUCUAUGAGUCCUAAUUCAACAGCGGCUACCGUCCUAUGCAUAAUGAUUGCUGCAAUAUUUUUCAAUUGUGUUACUAGUCAUCCUGCAAUUGUUGCAGUCCCAAUAAAUCUGGGCAAGUGCCCUCAAAGUCCCCUUAAUUUUGGUGUUUGUGGGUCCUGGUUAGGACUGGUUGAGGAAGUUAUUGGAACAAAACCCAGUGAAGAGUGUUGUAGUUUGGUGAAAGGAAUAGCAGAUCUUGAAGCUGCAGUGUGUUUAUGCAGUGCCAUUAAAGCCAAUGUGCUUGGAGUUGUGAAGCUCAAAGUACCAGUUGCCAUUACCCUCCUGCUUAAUGGGUGUGGGAAGAAGGUGCCUAAAGGCUUUUCUUGUUCCUGAACAGCUUGUAUUGUGUUAUUCAGCCCUGAAAUUGAGAACAGAAGUGCCUGCUUUUACAAAGAAAGUGAUUUCAAGGGAUAUGCCAUUGAAGAACAGAAUUGUUCCUUU